AUGGGCCUCAUGGCCGGCAUGCUCCCUGGUAUCGAGUUCGCGAGGAGGAGAAGGCUCCGGCCGGCGGCGGAGGCGGCGUGCGCCGGCGCACGGCGGCCGGCGUCGCUCGGCGUGUUCUGGCACGACCACGCCCACCUCGGCUCGGCAGGUUUUGCGAUGCAGAGGAGCGGCUUGUGCGAGGAGGCGUGGGCGACGCAGCUGGACAGCAUCGCUCGGGAGGCCAAGGAGAGGCUGGAUCACAAGCUCAGGAGCCGGAGAGAAUCUGUCGUCAAGAGGGGCCCCAUGAUUUUAGGGGGCCCUGUGCGAUCGCACAGUUCGCACACCCUCCUCGACGGGCCUGCGUACACCCUCCCCUCCCCUCGCCGCCGCCAGAAGGCGACGCCGGUGAUGUCGUGUGUGCGGGGAGCGCGGCGGCCGCGGCGGACCUGCGUGGUGGCGCAGAGGCUGCGGUGGCGCGGUGUGGCUCGGCGGAGAGAAGGCCAAGAUUCUGGACACGUCGGAUCGGCCGCGUUGAUCGCGUCGGAGCACCGCCUGGCAGGCGCCACAGCACGGGAAGCCUCCGGCUCGCUGCAGCGAGAGGUGUUCACGAAGAAAUGCGGCGGCCGGCGGUUCAGCUGGGGCCGGAGGAAGGAGCAGCAGCAGCAGGCGGAGUGCGCGGUGUGCCUGGAGGAGUUCAGGGGCGGGGACGUGCUGGCGCACCUCCCCUGCGCGCACCGCUUCCACUGGGCCCGCGCCGUGCCCUGGGUCCAGGCCGCCUCCCGCUGCCCCUUCUGCCGCGCCGCCGUCCACCUCGCCGACCACCAGCUUGUUUAG